AUGUCAAUGUCAGGGUCCACGACUGUGCAGCUUUUCACCAAGCUUGUCAAGCAUGCUGUGGGCAAGGCGCAGAUUCAGUUGAAUCGCUGGCUGCAGAGGACUGCCACAGAUGAAUGUGACAAAAUUGACAUCCUGAUAUGCAGCACCUUUGACGAGACAGGGGCUGGCAUAGGGAGGUCAGAUGGAGAACCUGAGGUUAUCAGUGACGCAGGGGGAACGACCUUCAGCAACAGUGGAGAGUUCAGACACCCAUGCUGUAUCACAACCUUUUGCUUCAAGAGCGCCCUGCUGGCUUGCAUCCUGACUGCUGUGUGCUUCUCCUCGGUUGCACUGGUGCGCCAAUACCUCAAGGACCUCCUGCUCUGGGUUGAGAGCUUGGACAGCUUCGUUGGAGCCUUGCUGUUCAUAGUUGGUUUAAUUAUUGUGUCGUUCCCGUGUGGAUGGGGAUAUAUUGUUCUUAAUGUGGCAGCUGGCUACCUCUAUGGCUUUGUGCUGGGCAUGGGACUAGUUAUGGUGGGGGUUUUAAUAGGGACCUUUGUGGCACACCUGGUGUGCAAACGACUAUUGACUGACUGGGUGCUUAACAAGGUUGGGAACAGUGAACAACUCAGUGCUGUCAUACGAGUGGUGGAGGGAGGAAGUGGACUCAAAGUUGUGGCCUUAGCGAGACUCACCCCCAUACCAUUUGGGCUCCAAAAUGCAGUUUUCUCGAUCACAGACGUGUCCUUGCCAAACUACCUGGUGGCCUCCUCUGUGGGUCUGUUGCCCACUCAGCUUCUCAACUCCUACCUGGGCACCACGCUUCGCACCAUGGAGGACGUCAUCGCGGAGCAGAGCAUCAGCGGCUACUUUGUGUUCUGCCUACAGAUCGUCAUCAGCAUCGGCCUGAUGUUCUACGUCGUGCACCGGGCACAGGUAGAGCUCAACGCAGCCAUCGCUGCCUGCCAGAUGGAGCUGAAGUCGUCGCACCUGAACGGCUCCUCCACCAAUCACAGCGGGUUCACCUACUGCAGCAAGAGGGCUUCAGCCAGCGGUGGAAACUGCAUUAAUGUGGUGUGACCGUGAAUCCACACAUGAGGCAGUAGCUCGUAUGACUUGGUCACCUAACUGUAAGACUGCAGAACUCAAGGGAACCCGCUAAGUUUAGACUGUCUGAAACAUUUAGGUGGUUUAUAAUUUUCUACAUCAUGUUCUGACCACCCUUGUGAAAAAACCCUAGAAGCCUAUGUCUUUACGAUAUUCUAGAAGUGUGGGACCAUGCACCUUUUGAUGAAAAGGUGCUGAUGGAAAUGGUUUUGCGGUACAUCAUCUUGGGCUUUUUUUUUGUAUAAAGGUACUUAACCUAUUCUUAACUUAGUUUACUCUGUUACAGGAUAUGUCAAUGAAAUGAUGUUCAGAGAUAUCAGAGAUGAGUGAGUGAGUGAGUGAGUGAGUGAGCAAGCGAGUGAAUAAAAACAAUAGCUAGGUAGUAACUGCCUGCUAACACUAUGAUUGUGCAAUCUGGAGCUUUCUAGAGAACCAAGGAAUUGUUUUUCAUUUCAGUGUCAAAAGAAUGCCAACCUAUGCACCUUUCUUUUAUACUACAUCUGUUUUUGUUUUAUUUUAGGAGAUUUAUAAUCAGUCUACAUCCAGUGCUAAUUCACAGUAACAAUAAUUAGGGCCUUAUUAAUAUGUUUGCAAGAUUUGGCAUUUUAGUCCAGUUCACUUUUGUGAAGUGUCUUAUUUUUGGACUUUGGAGAGAGGGGGGAAGCUCUCACCAACCAUUACUGUGUGAUUUCUGCUGGCUUACGACCACAUCCGCUGAAUUGGCCUUGUCUGCCCGGAGAUCAUUUUGGCGCUUCUGCAGUUUAAAUAAGAGCAGCUGGGGGGAAGAGCAGAUUUCACAGAAGGAAACUCAGGAAAGUUGAAGUGCAGCUUGAUCAGCUCCUCCGUAGCACAGUCACAUGUUCUGCUAAAGAUUCCCACACUGAGCUGAAACAGAUGUCAAGCUUCCCUGUAAAUAUUUAGAAUUCAUUUUAAUUUUACAUUUCUUUUUCUUUUUCAUUUUCAUUUGGCUGUGAGAUUAUGCAUUUGGAUAAUUACAUAGUUUUUGCUUAAGAUGGUAGUUAUGACAACGCUGUGCAAUACAUCAAAGAACGAUGACAAAAUGGCAUGAAUGUCGUAUUUCAGUGCUGAAACCAAACUAAUCACAGAAACUCUCACGCAUCAAAAUAAUACAAACCUGAGUCUGUGUUUAAAGUUUUACUUACAUUAUAGAUGAGUAAGCUAGAUGAGAUAAAGAGGCUGUUAUUUUUUUAUGUGCCAUUCUUUGAUAGAGCUUAUCAAACGCCAUAACACUGGCCCCACCUCAGUUGAGGCUACAUGUGACUUAUGAGUGACUUUAUUUUAUAACUUAUAGUUGCUGGUAACUAGAAAUGAUCUGUAAACAAAGUUUUCAUGCUGUAGGUUCUGCACAGUCCACUACAAACAGACAAACAUUAUUUUAUACAGAUAAGUUGAACUUGGAAGGUGUGUGGUUGGUGGAAAGUUAAAACUUAUGUGUCUCAGAAGCCGACAAUCAAACACAACAUGGACACUACAAGUGAAUGUGAUAAUAUUUUUUAUUUUUACAUGAAUUAUUUUGAUGCUGCUCCUCAGACAAUGUCUGGUUAAGGAAUAAUAAGGGCUCCUAUAUGAAAUAUCCAUCUUUGUGUCCCUGUAUUUGUAAUGCUGGCACAACAUUUUGUUUUUUGUUCACAUUUUUGAACUAAUGUUUUUCUUUUUCUUUCUUAAAAGCCAGAUUUAGUGUUUGCUCUACACAUUUGAUCCUGUCAGCCCUCUUAAAAGCAUAAUGUUGGUUGAAAGUGUCUCUUCCUGACUGAAUUUAGCAAUAAUGUUUGAAAGUCAACAGCAAAAAAAUAUGAUACAAGUCCGACCACUAAGAUCUGCUGCCAUGUGUUGGGAAUAGCUGUUCACUUCCGAUGUGAAAGAUCAGCUAGGAACCAUUUAUUUUUCUUUCACAAGUGAACAAAACUGCAUUUUGAGUUGUUAGUCAAUGUUCCACUGUAAGGUUGAGUAUUAAUAUCCCUAGGUUUGUGUUUCAGUGUUCAACCUGCCGGAUACCUCCCACUGCCUCUGACCGACAUUUUUACGCUGCCAAUGAUUUGGAACAGACACACAAACAUCUGUGAUCAGAACAGCUUGUUCAAAUUUGUCGCACCUUCUUUGGAAGGUCCCUAAAACCUACUGAUUGCUUAUUGAUGUUUAGCGAUCAACCUUUCGCUCCUGUCACAUAACAAUUUUCUGAAUUGAACUUGCACAUUUUCCAUUUUUUUCCCAUUAAUUUAAAGUUUACAUAGAGAGAGAGAUGAGUGCAUUUUAUGGCUGAAAGAUUUAUAAAAUCUACUCCCAACUCUCACUCUUUGUUUAAAGCUAUUGUGCGUAGGUUCUGUCGCCCCCAUGAGGAAUUCUAAGUAACGACAACAAAACUGUCCGGAUGAUACUAACCAUCCUUGAUCGUGUACCACCCCCACCCCUCCUCCAUGCACCUGUUUAUAACCAAGGAGGAUUAAAAAAACAUCAUGGACUCUUCAGAAGAGGUCAUUAUCUUCACUCAAGUUUCUCGGCGCGAAAGUUGCCCGACAACAAGCUGAUGGUCUUAAUUAGCUUUGUAUUAACUAAUUUGUCAACGGCUUGAAUAAAUCGGACGUUUGUUAUUAUAAAAAAAACUUACCCACUAAAGCUUUAAAGCUGUGGAAAUUUGUUUUUCUCUGCAUACGCAAGAUUUCCACCUCACAGCAGUGACAUGUUUUUAGGAAGUGUCCCUACCCUCCAAACAAAGUGUGAUUCGAUGAAGCUGUUCUGCUCAGAAGUGGA